AUGACCCUCCUGUCCCAGCUCUGUCUCUGUUUAGGGGAGCGCUCGCCGCCAGACCCAGGCAGCCAGGCAGCCGCGGCGGCGGCCACCGAGCUGCUCCAGGCGGCCGCCGACGGCGACCUGGGCCGGCUGGGCCGUGCCCUGGACACCCCCGGUUGCAACCUGGACGCCACCGACAGCCACGGCUGGACCGCCAUGCACCUGGCCGCCGGCAGCGGUCAUGAGGAAUGCGUGGACAGGCUGCUGCGGAGAGGGGCCAGCCACGGGGGCAAGUCUGUGGACGGGCUGACGCCGCUGCACGUGGCGGCGGGCGGCGGGCGCGACAUGUGCCUGGCGGUGCUGUCCCAGCUCCUGGGCGGGGCGCUGCUGUCCGAGUGCCCCCCCGACGGGGAAGGGCUGGCCCGCGCAGAAGGCUGCGUGGGGCCGCUGCUGUAA